CUCAGCUAACUCUUUGCCCUUCUUGCAAACACUCGCAAACUCAGUCCCUUUCUCUCUGCCCAUCUCCAAAACGCAGGACGCACACACAACAAAGUCUCCACACCCACCAUUAUUUCUUCAAGGAGAGAGAGAGAGAGAGAGAGGAUGUUCAACGGACAGAAGCUGCCACAACCAGAGGUGGAUCUGCAGCUGGCCGAGGCAAAUGCAGCGGCCGAUCGCCAAGGCGCAACCAUGAACGGGUUCCUCCAGGCGGCGGGGGCGCCACGCCUGAAAGGCGCUCGCUGGAAAGCCGACGUCAUGCAAGUGAUGCUGAGGGUGAUGUGCAUGGCGGCUUCUUUGACAGCGCUCUCGUUCAUGGUGACUGCCAAACAGCACAGCUUUCUCGUCAUCUACGACUUCCAGUUCCCCGUUCACGCCAAAUGGUCCUUCUCUUACUCCUUCGAGUACUUGGUCGGCGUCUUGGGGGCGGUCGCGAUCCACUCAUGCCUGCAGCUGCUCGUUGGCAUCUCGAGAUUGCUCCGGAAAUCGCCGGCUAUCACUCCUUCUAGGAACUACGCGUGGCUCCUAUUUGCAGGGGACCAGGCACUCGCGUAUGCGUUGAUGAGCGCCGGGUCGGCCGCAUCCGGGGUCGCCAACCUGAACCGCACGGGGAUAAGGCACACGGCGCUCCCCAACUUCUGCAGGCCCCUCCGCAGCUUCUGCGACCACGUCACGGUCUCGAUCGCCUUCACUUUCCUCAGCUGCAUCCUGCUCGCAACCUCGGUCGUCCUAGACGUCGUCGGCCUAGCCAAACACUAACUCAUCCGCUCCGCAUGUUCUCCUUCCUCAGUUUGUAAAAAAACGGUAGCUAAAGUCGCUUCCUUAGUCCCUCGUGCGCUAAGAGAUCUUAGCACCACUUAUUGAUCUUAUUUGCAUCUCUCUAUCACAUUAUAAUGACAUAUGGGACAAUAUCUUCUAGUUUGUUUUCAAAAUUUUCAUUUUUAAUGUUGCUAGUGGGCGGAUAAUGCGAGUGUCGGACUCAAUUCUCAAUUUCCUCA